AUGAGAAACCAUACAUCAUUAACUACGUUCAUACUUCUGGGACUCACCAAUAAUCCUCAAAUGCAGGUUCUGAUUUUUAUAUUACUGUUUGUCACCUAUACAUUGAGUAUAACUGGGAACCUGAUCAUCAUUAUACUCACUUUAGUGGAUUCUCAUCUUAAAAGUGCCAUGUACUUUUUCCUCAAAAACUUCUCCUUCUUAGAAACUUUAUUCACCACGGCCUGUAUUCCCAGGUUCCUCUAUAGCUUAUCAACUGGAGACAAGACAAUUUCCUAUAAUGCUUGUGUUGCUCAAGUAUUUUUUAUCAUCUUGUUUGGAGCUACAGAAUUUUUCCUUCUGACCAUCAUGUCCUAUGAUCGCUAUGUAGCCAUCUGCAAGCCCUUGCAUUAUGUGACCAUCAUGAACAGCAGAGCCCGCAGUUGGCUUGUUAUCUGCUGUUGGGUGGCAGGCUUGUUGGUCAUACUACCGCCACUGUGCCUGGGCUUAAACCUGGAAUUCUGUGACUAUAAUGUUAUUGAUCAUUUUCUCUGUGAUGCUUCUCCACUGCUAAAAAUCUCUUGUUCAGAUACCUGGUUCAUAGAACAGAUGACCAUUGCCAUUGCUGCACUGACCACGUUCAUAACACUUCUGUGUAUAGUCCUGUCCUAUAUUUAUAUCAUCAAGACUAUUAUAAAGUUUCCUUCUGCUCAGCAACGGAUGAAGGCCUUUUCUACCUGCUCUUCUCACAUGGUGGUGGUUUCUAUCACAUAUGGGAGCUGUAUUUUUGUUUAUAUCAAACCUUCACCAAAAGACCAAGUAGCAAUUAAUAAGAGUGUUUCAGUGCUUACUACUUCUGUUGCCCCCAUGUUAAACCCAUUUAUUUAUACCCUAAGGAACACACAAGUGAAACAAGCUUUUGCAGACUUAAUCAAAAGAAUUUCAAUGAUCUCAAAGUAA